CAUCAGAAGUUUUAUAUCUUGCUUCAUUUUUCUGACGAUUUUUUCAUAAUAGCGUGGCCCCUAAUAUUGAAUUAGCUAUAAUACGGCAUCCGAAAUCAAUUUUUAAUCCAAUAAAUAUCCCUCUACUAAAUCCUUUAAUCUUAUUGUCUUCAGGAAUCACAGUAUCUCAUCUCCAAAGACUAUUAUGGACGGUUGGCCUAGGAAUUUAGUUUAUCCUUCUUCAAGCCUUAGGAUAUUAUGAAGCUCCGUUUUCUAUUUUUGACUACUCCUCAUCUCUUGCUCACUUCUUUUUUCCAUCCCACUUUUCUCUACACUUUCGCUCAGUAAUCUAUAACUAUCAGUGCCUUAUGAACACUUAUCCGAUCUCUCUUGAUUUCCAUCAUACUUUCUUUCUACUUGAAGAUACUUCCCGUCAUUAGUUCUCAACAUCUUACGUUAUAUCGCACUUUCUGUCCAAAGGUUUUGAAAAAGAUUACCAUUUUGGAGUAUAAAAAAUGAAUUCCUAUACAAAACAAUAUAUCAAUGUUAUCAAUUUUGUACUGUAACUAUCUAUCACCAUAAAUAAUAAUGAUAUAGCGUUACCAAGUAAAAUUAUACUUUGCCAGCCAUAUAUAUAACGCGCAACCUAACAGGACAGUUAAGAUUAUAGAUUUUCCACAUCCUCAACAAUGGAAAAGUUUUGCCUGCUGCUAGUUGCGCUGUUGAUUGCAUAUUGCGUCCAAGGUGGGUUGUCUUUCGUCAUCCGGCAACUUACUGAUCCGGUGACAGUUGCCGAGGGUGUGUUCUGGGACGCGGAAAAGUACGCGCUGUUUUACGGAGACGUCGCCACCAGUACCGUCUACCGUCGCAAAUGGGGAGAAAAGAAGAGUACUUCUACCAAAAUCCCGAAGAAAACAAUUUCUUCUGUGAUACCGAUCAAGGGCUCUAGAGAUGACUUUAUAGUCACUGCUUACCGUGACGUGGUAAGGCUUACCUGGGACGGAAGACAAGAUACCGGUACUGUCAAGGAUUUGGAGAAGGUGGGAAGCUUCGGAAACCGAUACGAACUAAACGAUGCCAAAGCGGACAGUACCGGAAGGGUGUGGGUUGGAACAUAUCAACUUCAAAGCAGCGACAGGUUCGAUUUCAAGCAAGGCGGUGGAGGAUUGUUUUCCCUUACCAUCACCGACGACGAUAAAGUGAUAAUAGAAGAGAAAAUUUCUAAUCUAACAUUCCCCAACGGUCUAGCCUGGUCCCACGACGAUAAACAUUUCUACUAUACCGACUCUGCCACCAGGACCAUAGAACGACGAGACUUUGACGUCGAAACCGGUACUUUGGGCGAUAGCAAAAUAGUCUUCGACUUGGGAGAUUAUCCCGAAUACCAUGGGGUCCCGGACGGCAUCACCGUAAACGACGAUGGUGAUAUAGAUGCUGCGAUUUUCAAUGCCAGCGUUGUUGUACGAAUCGAUAAGGUUACUGGGAAAAUAAUCGAAACGGGAAACUACUCGGUCCCCCACUUAACUGCAGUGGAAUGGGGAGGUCCUAACAACGACCAUUUUUUCACUGGGUCUAUGAAGUUUUCGCAAGAUGAGGAGUACGUCCACAAGUAUCCAAAUGCUGGAGCCGUUUUCAUGGUCACAAACUUGACGAGAACGGGACGCCCCUCCAGGAAGGUAGUCGUUAAAUAGAAGCAAAGGUUCUAUGGGCAUGGGUUCAGUGUAUAUGGGAAAAAAGAAAUCAUGAAUUUCUAAUAUUUGGUUUCAUUA